AUGCCGCUGCCCCUCCGCAGCAGGUCCGUCGCUUUCGCUCUGGAGGAGGCCACAUCUAACUCCAGGCUUGCAAGCCGACAUCAGCGCUACCACGUAGAUAGGCAUGUGACAGCUGCGAUAGAAGUACGUGCCAGGAGCGCGUCUGUGAAGUACGACGAGGACGAAUACCCGCAGUUCACCUCCUCCUUAGUGGAGCCCCACACCGCAUCGCAGCGUUGCGCUUUGGAUCUCAGCAGCGAGAGAAGUCGCCGCCACAGUGGCGUGGACUCGCCCCGCCAACAGCAGGCGCUUUUCUGCGAGAACGUCUCGCCGCAUUCUCCGAACGUCACGUGCCGGUGGUUGGUUAAGGACCAUUCCAACACGCGUGAGGCGACGGCGGACUACGCCCCAACAGAAUCGUGGGAAAGGCGUACGCUCGGUGUGCAGACGAGCGGCUGUGCGUACUAUGUACGGUGCCCCACACCCCCGCGCAGCAGGUCACGUGACUGUGCUGCUGACGCGACGCUAUGGCGUGCGGUGCCGGGGCCCCCCAACCCGCUGCUACAACCACCGCUUACGCCGACGCAAGUGCGACCACCGAGCACGGCGCUGCAGUUGCUGCCGCUGGACGAAAGCCACACACCGUCGCGGGCACAGCAGCGUCUUGCUCAGUUCAUGACCGACGUGAGCCGUACCGCCAUGCUUCAGGCGGGACACCACAGCAGCCGAGACAACGACAGCAGCGAAGGCGAGUUGCCAUCCCUCGACGACCUGCUAGAUGGUCGCGUGCAGCUGUGCCCCCGUGCCAUACCACGAGAAGCAGGUAGCGAAGAUGAUCAAGGAAGGAAGAAGAGGGGUCAGCAGCAGCAGCAGAAAGACGGUAAGCACCGUUCGGUGGUAGCCGUCGCCUCCACUUUCCUCGAUACGACGCGUGGUGCCGACGCGUCGUCUCUCGGCAACGUCGACGAUGUCGCCGGCAACCCAGCGGCGCUGGCACUGCGGCUGUAUGGGCAGUGGGCGCCGCCACCGCAGCCAUCUGUCACCGUGGCGCUACGGCCGCAGCUGCACGCGGUGCUGCACGCCCCCGGUGUCUUUGGCAGCGACGCCUUUUACGAUCCCUUCCACGCGCUGCGCUGGUGGGAGGCGUCGUGUGAGGACGUGCUGCGCAGCGGCAAUGCCGCCAGUGCGCCGCCGGACUGCGACGGCCGUCAGCGGUACGUUGACUGCUUCGGUAACGUCGCGUGCGGUGCGGCGAUGAUGCACCCGAUGCGGCGCUUCAUGGUGGAGCUCUUCACGGAGCGGCAGCUUGCCGCCGACGACGUGGCGGUGCGCGGGAUUGACGCGACGCUUGCAGCGAACAUCCGCGACGUGUGGGUGCUGGAGCGGCUGCUGCUGAAGACACACCGCCCGCGCCGCACACGCCCGCUCAGUUCCGUCUACAACGUUGUGUAUCCAAAGGAGGCGCAUGUGUCUUUUCUGCCGACCCACUUCCCACCCGCCGAGGCGCAGCAGCAGGAAGGAGAGGAAGAGGCGCAGCAGCAGAAAGAAAAGAAGCCGAGAAAGUCGAAGGAGACCGCAGAGCUGGAAGUCGAGCCAACAGUGGAGGUACAGGUCUUCCGCUGA